AUGGAAUGGAUGAACAUUGUUGACGAGCUUGAAUGGGUGAACCGCAAUAAAAUUGUUGAACCAAGAAAUUAUGAAAUACCUUUCGACUUUGGAAAUGGAGCUUUAGGACGAACAUCUAUUAAGAAAACAAGAGCUACAUUGACUUCCAAUAAGAUUAUCCAGAAAGGGACUUUUAUCUGCAUCUCAAUUGUGACAUUUGAUGAUAAUGGCCGUCCACGGAAUAGGGGAGGAGAUUUCUUCUCCGCUCGAAUGUCGAAUGACUAUCAACAGAAGAGCACAUCAGGUCGAGUAGUAGACCAUGGGAAUGGUACUUACUCCGUGUAUUUCUAUGCGGCUUGGGCAGGAAAAGCUCGAAUUACCAUAGCACUUACAUUUGUGAGAGAGUUCAUCAACUAUAUUAAAGACGCAUUGAAAAAACAGGAACAAUUAAUUGAAUUCACAGGCACUUACCUAGACGGAGUCGUUACCGAGGCAACAAGUUGUCAUCUGAUCAAUGAGGGCAUAUGGAGUGACAUGUGCGAAUACACAAAUCUGAACUCUGUUGGGAAAACUGUACUUGUGUGCAAUAAACCCAGUAACAUCGAUUGUUCCAAACUUGCUAAACUCUCAGUCGCUGCAACAAGGCUGGACUCACUUGCCGCAUCAGAAAUUGGGCGGACUAAAAACCUAUUUGAAAGACAAUCUGACCAGGCAAUAUUGGAAGGCAUGCCAAUGAAACUGACUAUACAUGAUUCUCAAAUCGGUUUUCCGAAGUUACCGAGCUGUGGACCAGAUUUGCCAAUACCGCUGACAGAUGGCUAUUGGAACAAUAAUCAGACAUAUAUUUCAAUGGUAUGUCGAAGUCAGCAAUGGACACUAGAUACAUUUCACAAAUGUGCAGCUAACAAGAAAUUCAUAGGAAGUGGUGACUCUGUAUUACGGCAAUUCAUACCGCUUUUUACUGAAUUUAAAGACAAUUUUGACUUUCAAUUCAUGACACCAAGAAUUGCAGGACCAAAUGUUUCGAUAUGGGAACCAUUGUUUGAAAAUGACAUCAUAGACAAUAUAUCUCAAAGUGAUUGUCAGUCACGCAACUAUGUAGUGAUUCAAAACUUCUGUUUUCAUUACGGUGCGUGGUCGACCAGAUCAUUUGUAGAACGUCUCGUUCAGGCAAAGCUUUCUGUUGAAAGACUUAUGAAACGAUGUCGAGAUCCUAAAAUUGUAAUAAAAAUGAGUCAUUCACGUGACAAUGUAUACGUAGAACAGCAAGUUCACAGUAAUAACUGGAAUUUUUAUGACAUGAACAGAAUUAUUCGCCGUGUUUUCGGUGGGAUUGGGGUGUAUUUUGUUGAUGUAUGGGAUAUGGUGAUCUCUUCAUUCUAUGACAUCACAGUUCAUAUGGACAUGGUUGUAAUCAGGCAAGAAUUUUACCUGAUGCUUUCGUAUAUUUGUCCUGAAUUAGUGAAAGC